AUGUCUUCCUUAAAUUCUUUGUCCGAACUUACACGGCAACUUCUCAGCAGAGCUGAGAAGGUUGAAAGUCUUACCCCUGGAUCAAAAGGUCAAGUUCUGUUCCAGUUAGAAGGCCAAUCUGCGGAGCUCAAUAAAGCCCGCCGGGAACUGCUCGAAAUUACGCAGGAAAUCCAAGUACGAGCUAGAGGCCCCGCGGAUCUCCUUGAGCAGUAUCAAAUUCAGUACAAUGCCUUCUCCUGUCUCCGCUGGUUACUCCACUUCGAGAUCUUUACUCAUGUUCCAACGGAUUACAAGCCUAUGUCAUACACAUCCCUCGCGUCACUUGCCUCCGUGCCUCUCUCCCGUCUGCAAUCUGUAGCACGGAUGGCCAUGACAGCGGGCCUAUUCACCGAGCCGGAUCCCGCUCACAUAGCGCAUAACCCGCUCUCCGUGCGCUUCGCGACGGAUGAGCUCCUCCGAGAUUGGGCUAUUUUCGUAAGCAAAUACGGAGAACCCGCGACCCAAGCUAUGACGGAGGCAACCGAGAAGUGGGAUGACUCGAAAGCUUUGAACGAGACGGCGUGGAAUGUAUUCGGAGGCACAACAAAACCGUUCUUCGAAUAUCUUAAGGACGUCCCGGAUAUGGUGGACUUGUUUAGCAGAUAUAUGCAAAGUCAGGGGUUGAGCGAAGGGAUGCGACUGGAGUAUGUUCUUGACGGGUUUGACUGGGCUAAAUUAGAUGCUAACGCGCACAUCAUCGAUUCCAGGACCCCCCCCCAGGCCGUCGAAGCGCUGUCUCCAACAUUGUCAGAACUGCCUGAUACGAUUACCUCGCGCAUCCAGUUUAAAGCACACAGUUUCUUCGACCCUCAGCCUUCGCAUCAGCCCGGCCCAUCUUCGCCCGACGUGUACCUCUUACGAAAGAUUUUACACGACUGGCCUGCAGCCCGCGCUCGAGAGAUCCUCUGUCAACUAGCGACAGCUUUGCGAGACGGAAAGAAGUCCAGCGCACGGAUCGUGAUUAUGGAUAUUAUCCUGCCUCUCCCCGGGACGAUCGAGCGGACUCAAGAGGCUAUGCUGCGCGUGCGAGAUCUUUCCAUGGCGCAGGCUUUCAACAGUCAGGAGAGAAAGCUAAGCGACUGGGAGGAACUAUUCGAAAGCGCGGAACCGAAACUACAGUUGAUGAGCUGGAAGCAGCCUCGUGGGAGUGCAAUGGCUGUGAUGGAAGUGGGUUUGGGUGAGUACUAAAUACCCCUAAAGCCUUGUAGUAGGUAGUUAGGCUAUAUGCUCGGGAGGAAAUGAAACUAUUGUGCAAUCGGAUCCUAUUAUUCGCGAGGCUUCUACCUGCCUUCUCGGGCACUCGGGCACGUUUGGAAAUAAAAAGGAAUCACUUGCUGACCGAGAAGAGUCCAGGACCCUUGCAGAGAAUCGUUCUAGUACGUAUUAUAUUUAGACCUGCGGCGUAUUAAAAUUUAUACCUAUGUGCCAUUCUCAUCCACCGAGUACUAGUUAUCUGAGAUUGGUGUUUGUGUGUAAAAGU